UGUGAUCUAUUAACUGAAGAUCAAAGUCUUGCGAUUGAUCCGAAACGAUUGUCUUACAAAGAGCGUAUCCGAUGGCACUUGAAAGAAUUUUGCUACAAAACGUCAAGUCACGGCAUUCCAAUGCUUGGACAAGCGCCGAACACACUUUAUCGAUGUACUUGGAUCGUACUGUUGUUAUGCUGUGCGGGUAUGUUCAUCUUUCAAGCGUUGAAAUUCUUCAAUGAAGCGAUGCGAAAUGCUGCUUUGAAGACUCGAAAUCGAAGCUUGGGCUUGGAUUCCAAGGAUGAAUCCAAAUUGAAGAAACGUGGAGCGGGUUUCGCGAAAUUUGAGCCCGCGCAUUCAGUGUGCAGUUGUGUUGAGGAGGAAGAUGAUGGAAUGCUGCAGUGUGAAGCAGAGGUAACGGUCGUACCGAAAGAUGACAAUUAUUGCUUAUGCGCAUUUGAUCGUGACAGUGAUGAUGCGUGGCCAUGCUAUCCCAAGGUCACCGAAAUACUUAAACUCUGGGUAUAUUAUGGAGAUGCUCUGCAGGACAAAGCCCUCAUUGCCGAAGCACUGGGUUUUCAAAAUAUGACUGACGAGGUUGCGAUUGUGACGAAAGCGAAAGAGAACAUUAUUUUUGCAAUGUCUCAAUUUUCUGAUGAACAACGCAUAAAACUUUCCAUUCAGAAACGACAACUCAUACAGAAAUGUUCAUUCAACGGUGCUGAAUGUAAUAUUGACAAAGACUUUAUUGUGGUGGCUGAUCCAACGUUUGGUAAUUGCUAUACGUUCAACUUCAAUCGUACUGAGAAUAAAAGCAGUAUACGAGCUGGACCGAUGUAUGGUUUACGUCUGUUGGUUUAUGUGAACGCAUCUGAUUAUUUACCAACAACCGAAGCGGUUGGUAUACGCAUUACGAUACAUGACAAAGACGAAUACCCGUUUCCGGAUACUUUUGGCUACAGCGCUCCAACCGGCUAUAUCUCGUCAUUCGGAAUGAAACUGAAAAAAAUGACUCGUUUACCUGCACCGUUCGGAGACUGUGUUCCGGAUGGACUGACGACAAGUUAUAUCUAUGAAGAUUUUCGUUACUCAACCGAGGGUUGCUAUCGAACGUGCUUUCAAGAGAUAGUGUUGCGAGAUUGUGGCUGUGGCGAUCCACGUUUUCCAGUGCCGUCGAAUGCGCUUCACUGCUCUGUGUUCGAUCCUGAAGCCAGGAAAUGUUUGGAAAGGCGUACAAAUGAGUUGAGUGAUAUACACAGUAGUUUCCGGUGUCUUUGUCAACAGCCAUGCUCACAGUCUGUUUAUACGGUAUCGUAUUCAGCUGCUAUUUGGCCCUCUGAAUCAUUGAAUGUGUCGAUUGGAAACUGUAACAGUGAACCAGACGUUUGCAUUGAGCACUACAAAGAAAAUGGUGCAAUGGUGGAAGUGUUCUAUGAAGCACUGAACUUUGAAAUGCUAACUGAAUCAGAAGCGUACGGGGUUGUAAAAAUGCUUUCUGAUUUUGGCGGGCAACUUGGUCUCUGGUCGGGAGUCUCGUUCAUAACAUGCUGUGAAUUCGUGUUUUUGAUUUUCGAAACCAUUUAUAUGGUUGUUGACCAUCACUAUCGCAAAUACAAACGUAAAAAAGAGCACGAUGACCUAGGUGAAUAG